AUCUGCGAGAAGGACGAAGCACAGAGGUGCACGGGUACCGUCUCUUUUGCUCGUUACUGUCUGGUCCGACUCUGCGCACCAAAUUUAAGACGGCGACGCCCGUUCCUCGCAUUUACUCAGACGGUGCGCGGGCUUCCCAAAGCAGACCCAUGAAAGCUUAGCCCCUUGCCAUGAUUUCCAUGUACGCGUUUUUCUGGUCCAGCCUGGGCUAUGCGCCGCUCAUUGCUUUCUUCGCAAGCCUCACCUGGGCCUUCUUGCGGCACCGUGCACGGGCAUCGGAGGAUAAGAAAAGGCUGGCUCCUGCCCGAAGGCGGUAUCCUCAAGAGGAUUUGCCGCCGGUGUAUCCCAAUGGCUGGUUUCCUAUUAUAGAGUCUCAAGAACUCAAGGUCAAACAAGUAAAGCGAAUCGACGUACUUGGAUUAGAGCUUGUCGCGUUUCGUACCGAGGACGGCGCUGCACACGUGCUUGACGCCUACUGCCCGCACCUGGGCGCCCACCUGGGAGUGAUGGGCCGUGUGGUGGGAGAUUGCAUCGAGUGCCCCUUCCACGGGUGGAGGUUCGACGCAAACGACGGCGCCUGCACCCACGUUCCUUACUCGGCCAAAGUGCCCGACUUCGUCAAAAUAAAAACUUGGACCACGGCCGAGCUUCUGGGCAACGUGUUUCUGUGGUACCACGCCGACGGCGAAGAGCCCAGCUGGCAGGUAGAAGACGUUCCCGAGGUGACAAGCGGUCGCUGGAAAGCGUGGAGGCGAUACGAGGAAACGCUGAGCUGCCACAUCCGGGACCUGUCCGAAAACGAGUCGGACUUCAUGCACUUCAGCUACUUCCACGGACCCAACGUCCUGCUGCCGCCGGAGGAGUUCGCGAAAAACGCGGGCGACACCGGCUGGGGCCGCUUCUUCACGCACCUGUGGACAGCCAAGGGGUACACAAAGGAGCACCUCUUCUGCGUCGACAUCGCCGCCAAGAUCCGAGUUCUUGGCCGGUGCCCGCGCUUCUUCGACAACGUGAGCAACCUGACGCAGCAGGGACCCGGGCUAAUGGUGGUGCGCGUCGAGUGUGGCUUCGGCAACCAACUUAUCGUGAUCGCGGUCACGCCGAUGGGUCCGUUCCGGAUCCGCGUGGUGCACACCAUGCAUUUCGAGCCCCGCGCAAGCUUGCUCUUCCGCUGGCUGGCAGGCAUCAUCUACACGAAAGCCUUCGAAAGGGAUCUGCUCGUGUGGAAUCACAAGAAGAUGCUGUUGAAGCCACCCUUGCAGAAAGGAGACAAGACUAUUGCCGAAUUUCGUAGGUGGUACAACCAAUUCUACAGCCACAGUAGCCCCACGUGGCAGGAUAUUCGGUCUCGCACUCUGGAAUGGUGAACGUCAACUUUUGCGGUGUUAUAAAAUACAUCGUGCUUC